AUGUUCAGCCGAACACAGAACAAGAGCUUUUCCAAGAGCUCAAAGAUACACAAGUCCAGCGCUUCGUUUAGUAAAGAUGCCGGUGUGUCGAAGCGUCGUCACGAAUCACGCCCUCGUCGCCCGACGACGGCAACGACUGCGACUACCGCUGCCAGCGACGGAUCACCGUUGAUGACCAAGUAUGUCUGCUCCACUGUCAUGGCUAUUCAUGCACGUAUGCAAGUCAUAGCUAACGGUUUGGCUUGCAGCAAUCUGACUUCUGCCAUCGUCACGCUUGUGGUCGGCCAAGAACAGAGGAUUUUCGCCGCGCACGAAGACGUCCUCUGCGCUUCACCCUUCUUCCAAGAACUGCUCCGAGGCCAAUACAUGGAGUCGCAGUCGAAGCGCAUCGCCCUUCCCGAGGAGGAGCCCGAAAUCUUCUCGUCGGUUCUCGAGUACCUAUACAAGGGCGACUACUACCCUCGACUGAUGCACAACAAGAGGCGAAACUCGUGGGAGCUCGAGGCGCCAGCCGAAGAUGGGCGUGGUGUCGAGUCGACCAUCUAUCAUCACGCUGUGGACGGUGACCUCUUGAAGGAUACUGUCAUCUAUUGCGCUGCAGAGAAAUACGGGCUCGAGGAGCUUAAGCGGGUCGCGCUUCGGAAGCAGGGCCUUCAAUCCGGGAUCCAGUGCAGUACCAUCCUCACCUCGGCAAGAUAUGCGUAUGCCAACACUCCCGACACGGAUUCCAAGCUGCGGGCCCACUAUCUCGCUCUCAUUAUCCGCAGCCGCAGCACGUUCAAGCGGAGCGGGACGAUGCAGCUGGAAAUGUUCAACGGAGGCACCCAACUCUUCUUCGACCUCUUUGUAGCCUUGUGCAAUCAUGUGGAUGACAUUGCCACCGCUUCGUAA